UUGCACAGCACCUUGCACAGCACCUUGCACAGCUCCUUGCACAGCACCUUGCACAGCUCUUUGCACAGCUCUUUGCACAGCUCUUUGCACAGCUCCUUGCACAGCUCUUUGCACAGCUCCUUGCACAGCAGGGCCUUUGCAUGGCAGCGCUCGGCCCUAUAGGGAAGCGGAGGCAUGGGGCCGCCCCCUCCCACCCCCAUAACCCGCCGUCCCCUUUUGCUUUCCAUUGCAGAGUGUUCAAGAAAGCCAGUCCCAACGGGAAGCUCACGGUGUACCUGGGCAAGAGGGACUUUGUGGACCACAUCGACGUGGUGGACCCCGUGGACGGAGUGGUGCUGGUUGAUCCUGAGUACCUGAAGGAGAGGAAAGUCUUCGUGACGCUGACGUGUGCGUUCCGUUAUGGCCGUGAGGACCUGGACGUGCUGGGCCUGACGUUCCGCAAGGACCUGUUUGUGGCCAACGCUCAGGCCUUCCCCCCCGUGCCCGAGGACAGGAAGCCCCUCACCCGCCUGCAGGAGCGCCUCAUCAAGAAGCUGGGCGAGCACGCCUACCCCUUCACCUUCGAGAUCCCCCCCAACCUGCCCUGCUCCGUCACGCUGCAACCCGGCCCCGAAGACACAGGGAAGGCCUGCGGUGUGGACUAUGAGGUCAAAGCUUUCUGCGCGGAGAACCUGGAGGAGAAAAUCCAUAAGAGGAACUCUGUUCGCUUGGUCAUCCGCAAAGUGCAGUACGCCCCGGAGCGCCCCGGCCCCCAACCCAUGGCAGAGACCACCAGGCAGUUCCUCAUGUCAGACAAACCGCUGCACCUGGAGGCGUCCUUGGACAAGGAGGUGGGGAUGGGGGCUGAGCUGCCGGAGAGGAGCUCUGCAGAGAAGGACCUCGGGGUCCUGGUGGCCGACGGUUGGCCAGUAGGGUGACCACGAGGCAGCAGUGGGUCCUGGUGGCCAAGAAGGCCUGGGGUGUCCUGGUUGCUCAACAGUUGGCCAACAGUUGACCAUGAGGCAACGGUCUGUGCUGGUGGCCAAGAGGACCAGUGGUGUCCUGGUUGGCCAGCAGUUGAUCACAGACUGAUCAUGAGCCAGCAG